AUGAGGUCCCUGUUGAAGCUGGUCGUGAUUCUGUUUUGCGUCCAGAGAGGAGAGAGCCACUUGCUGAGAUCGCUGAUUGGUCAGAAACAAGAAACAGCAUCUCCACACACGUCACCCAACAAUGACAAGAGAAGCAGAGAUUCGGCUGCUGCAGGCGACUCAACAGAAGCUUCUGGAGCCGGGCCAUCACCCGACCCCAUGAUCCCGAUCCCAGUCCGCUCACGGCGCUCUACACUAGACUCCCAGUGCGGCCUGCGCUCCAUCCUACUGCAGGUUCGAGACCUCGGGCUGGGCUACGACUCAGACGAAACCGUCCUCUUCAAGUACUGCAGUGGGACGUGUCCCCACGUUCGCUCCAACCACGACCUCACCCUAACCAACCUGCUGCUAAGCGGGGUGCUCCCUCAACCAGUGCCUGGGGAGCUGUGGCACAACGCGCCCUGCUGCAGGCCCACCGACCACGAGGACAUGGCCUUCCUCGACAACUCGCACCGCUGGCACAAGGUGGAGAAGCUGUCGGCUGCGGGCUGCAGCUGCGUGGGCUAG